UACAUUUCGUCGACAUUGUGUUUUCGCGGUACACUUACAAUGGCUGAUCGUAAUAGAAUAUCGUCGUUUAGCAGUGACGAAGAAGCUAGUCCGAUUUCGCAAAGACGUCAGCUAAAGCAGCAGCAGACCACGUCAAGAUCCAGCAAGACCAGCUCUAGGAGCAAGGCGUCUGCCACCUCCAGGGACGUCAUGGGCGAACAGAUUGAUGUGACACAGCUGAGCGAUGAAGUUCUCUCAGCUGACCUGCGCAGAAUGGGUGUCAACGUUGGACCCAUUGUUGAAACGACGCGAAGAACAUAUGAACGGAAAUACUUGAAACUUCUCUAUGGAGGAGCCAAUGGGGAUCAGUCUCUCCAGGCAGAGGAAAAUGAUUAUGAUGAUGAGGAUGAUGCAGAAGAGGAGGCAGAGGAGGAGCCAGAAGAAGUGCAGGAGGCUCCAAGUCGAAACUUUCGAAGAAGAACUGUCGACGGUGUCGGGGAUUCUCCGAAGCGUGUUGCCGUGGCAACGUCUAUGCCUCGCUUAACUCGCCGGUCACUCGCUUCGAUGGGUCAUAGUUUGCAGAUCCAGGAGGCAACCAGCUGGAGUGGUGCGAAGACCACGUCGACAACCUACAAAAAACGCACGUAUGCGACCGACUCGUCCAGUGGUGCCACCUACAGGCCCGUGGAGAAGACUAGUCGGUCGUGGGCGACGUUGACGACACCCAGCACUCCCGCGCGCACCGUGGCGACGCAGCAGCCGCGCGCGUCGUGGCUGUCGCCGUGGGUGCAGCUUCUCAUCCUCGUCGUCGUGGCAGCGCUCGUGUUCCUCGUCAUUCAGAACAUGGAGAGCAACCCGUCCACCAGCAUCCCGAAGCUCACCGUCUAGCUGCUGCGAGCCGGAAGCGAGGUCACGCGGAUACAAUUCACACGCGGGGCCGUCGUUGUUGUUCACCGAUAGGAAUGCGAAUCGGUAGGGUGCGUCGUUCGUAGAAUUGAAUUGAUUUUACCAAUUGUCACGGUUGGGCCGCUUCACUACUUGCGGCAAAGGUUGUCUGUGUCGCGUAGGUUGAUAUGCUUGUAUGCCUUACAUUUUGUGAUCCGCCUGAAUUUGGCCGCAAUUUCUAAUGUAGUCUUUGUGAUAGUGAUCUUCUGACAGAUACACUCUAAAUUGAACUGGACUUAACGUUAUGGUUUUGCUAAUGUUAUUCCCAGAGUAGUGAGUUCUCACAAUGUUAUUUGGUUCCAGCAUGACUAUUGCAAAUGUGUGCAGUUAUGGCAACUGCAGUUAUACAGCCGAGGUUGAAUGUUGGUACCGAAUCGGGUCUAGGUAUGUCGAGACGUGAGAACAUUGAUAAUAUCAAGAGUGAAAAUAAAUGACAAAUUUGUCAUUAUUCACCCCUGAUACUAUUGAUGGUCAAGCUUGGUUAUUGUCACAUCGUGCAGUAGGUUAUUCUGCAUUGCACUUGUUUUACUGCAUUGCUGGAUGAUUUACUGCGACAAUUGCAAUGACGAAUUAAUGACGUUUAUCGGUCAAAACUUUGAUCUCAAGUGUGGGCAUUUUUCCUACCUGUCCUGUGUGUUAUCAGACCAUGGUAGAUAGCAAACCUGAUAUGGCAGCAUGAAAUUACAGGUUGUUUUGGUUGGGAACAAAUGGGGACGAAGUUUUGAUGUGGUUAUAUGCCAUUACUUUCGUACCUAAUUAUGUAAAUUGGGUAAAAGAAGUCCGUGUCUAUGAUAUACAUGCAUGCAUGUGUGAACUCGGUAUUUAUACGUCUUUCUGUAAUAAUAACGGUAAAUUAAUUAGAUAAUAGUUUUAACACGAUGUUCUACAACUUUUGAGACUUUGUUUUAAUAGUGUACGUAGGCAUGAAAGUAAAUCAACAUAAGCCAGCACAGUUGGAUAUGGUUGGAGAUAUUCUAUGUGGUGAACCCGAGAAUUAGAUGUUGAAUUUUUAUAAGAAAUAACUUUCAUUUUCAUAUCAGUGUUUACACGUUUAAUUAAUAGGGUGAAUUUGUAUUGUUGUCUUUUUUCCCCCGGUGUGUACUAAUAUUUUUAUUGCAAAUAGCUAUAUGCUGCACAUUCACCUAGUAAUGACCUUGUUUAAAUUUGGAUGUCUGUGCCUGUGUGUGUGUGUGUGUGCGUGCGUGGGCGUGUGACUGUGCGUGUGCGUGCGUGUGUGACUGUGUGUGCGUGCGUGUUUGUGCAUGCGUGUUUGUUAGCUGACCCUCUAGCUGCAUGUUGUUCUGUAUGUAUUGUGAAAGGGGUUAUGUGAAAAUAAUGUUUGUAACAAAAA